AUGGAGCGCGAAGCGUCGCAGCGCUGGGCACGCCAGCGGUAUGAGCAUGGCCACACGGCCACGCUGCAGACCAUGCGCCGCAACGACGCCCGCGUUGCCGACCUCAACUGCUAUCUCGGCCAUGAAGACCGACGCUUUCUGCACAGACAGGCAGAGCAGUCGCAGUUGCCAGCGCGGCAGGUGCUCGCGUCACCGUUGACGCUGACGCGGGCGAUCGAAUUUGGUGACUUGACAACGUUUCGAGCCUACCUGCGCGCGGGUGCGCGUGCGAAUGGCGUCAAUUCGGCGGGCGAGACACUGCUCCACGUGGCUGUGCUGCACGCACGCUUGCCGAUUGUGCAGCUCCUGCUCGAGCACGGCGCCGACCCCAACGCACGGAGCUACUCGACACCGCGGGCUCGGUUCUUGAACGCGGUCGGAGAUGUGGACGUGUGCUUGGCAACGGCGGCUGGCGCCACGCCGCUGCAUUAUGCAUGCGGCCUUGCCAAUCUCAAGCUCGUCAAAAUGCUGCUGCUUGCCGGCGCCGGCGCCAGCGUCAAUGUGGGUAAUUUGGAGGUAGAACCUCGUCCUGCUUGCACCCUCUCGGAUCAUAAUGAUUUAGCUCUGCCAGCCACCCCUCGUGUGGGCACUGCGCGCGCCGGAGCACCAAGUGGCCAUGAUCGCGCUCUUGGUGACGCAUGGCGCGUCGGCCGUCGACACGCGGGACGUUGAUGACAACAAUGCCAUUGCGCUCGCCGUGCAGCACUACGCUGGAGAGCGCGAUCUGCGGCAAUUGCAACAGAUUGUGACGCGCUCGUAGACGCAGGCGUCGACGUCCAGCACAAGAACGGAUGCGGCUGGACCGCGUACGACGAGGCUCC